AUGAAGUGGUCUCUUCUCCUCGUGGCGGCUUCUGCUGUCCUCUCUGCGUCGGCCCUGCCGAUAUCUUCCAUCUCGCCAAAUGGCCCAUGCCCCGAUGCCAAGGUCGACGCUAUUCUCAAAGGCGACAUGGAUGCCUCGGAGUGCUGCUCUUACGGCGUCUGCAAAGGCGACGUAGUCGUAUCUGUCGGCUAG